GAAGAAGCCUCUCUCAGGGCACUAGAAAGUCUGAUGACAGAGUUUUUCCACGACUGUACAACCAAUGAAAGAAAACGUGAGAUAGAGGAACUUCUUAAUAACUUUGCUCAGCAAAUAGGAGCCUGGAGAUUCUGCCUGUAUUUUCUCUCCAGCACUAGGAAUGACUAUGUAAUGAUGUACAGUUUAACGGUUUUUGAGAAUCUGAUCAAUAAAAUGUGGCUUGGGGUCCCAUCUCAGGAUAAGAUGGAAAUCCGUAGCUGCCUGCCCAAACUCCUCUUGGCUCACCACAAAACCUUACCUUACUUCAUCCGGAACAAGCUCUGCAAAGUGAUUGUUGACAUUGGCCGUCAAGAUUGGCCCAUGUUCUACCAUGACUUUUUUACUAACAUUUUACAGUUGAUCCAGUCCCCUGUGACAACUCCCCUCGGGCUGAUCAUGUUGAAGACAACUUCAGAAGAGCUGGCUUGUCCCCGUGAGGACCUCAGCGUGGCUCGGAAGGAGGAGUUGCGAAAGCUGCUGCUGGAACAGGUGCAGACAGUGCUUGGGCUACUGACAGGUAUCUUGGAGACUGUCUGGGACAAACACAGUGUGACUGCUGCCACCCCACCACCAUCCCCGACCUCAGGAGAAACUGGUGACUUACUGAGUAACCUGUUGCAGAGUCCUAGUUCAGCCAAACUGUUGAAUCAGCCAAUCCCCAUCCUUGAUGUGGAGAGUGAGUAUAUCUGUUCCCUGGCCUUGGAGUGCCUGGCCCAUCUCUUCAGUUGGAUUCCUCUGUCUGCCAGCAUCACCCCGUCCCUCCUUACCACCAUCUUCCACUUUGCACGCUUUGGCUGUGACAUCCGGGCCAGAAAGAUGGCAUCAGUUAACGGCAGCAGCCAGAACUGUGUGCUGGGUCAGGAGCGCGGCCGGCUUGGGGUCCUGGCCAUGUCCUGCAUCAAUGAACUCAUGUCCAAGAACUGUGUGCCUAUGGAGUUCGAGGAGUACUUACUGCGUAUGUUCCAGCAGACUUUCUACCUCCUGCAGAAAAUCACCAAGGAUAACAAUGCCCACACAGUGAAGAGCAGGCUAGAAGAACUCGAUGAGAGCUACAUUGAGAAGUUUACUGACUUUCUGCGGCUCUUUGUGAGUGUUCACCUAAGAAGAAUCGAGUCCUACUCCCAGUUCCCCGUGGUGGAGUUUUUGACACUUUUGUUCAAGUACACAUUUCAUCAGCCUACUCAUGAAGGUUACUUCUCUUGUUUGGAUAUCUGGACGCUCUUUUUGGACUAUCUGACAAGUAAAAUUAAAAGCCGUCUGGGAGACAAGGAAGCAGUUCUCAACAGGUACGAAGACGCCCUAGUCCUCUUGCUCACGGAGGUGUUGAAUCGAAUCCAGUUCAGAUACAACCAGGCCCAGUUGGAGGAGUUGGAUGAUGAGACACUGGAUGACGAUCAGCAGACAGAGUGGCAGCGGUACUUACGCCAGAGCUUGGAGGUAGUGGCCAAAGUGAUGGAGCUCCUUCCCACACACGCCUUCUCAGCACUGUUUCCAGUUCUUCAGGACAAUUUAGAAGUUUAUCUGGGGUUACAGCAGUUUAUAGUUACUUCAGCGUCAGGACACAGGUUGAACAUCACAGCAGAGAACGACUGCCGGCGGCUGCACUGUUCCCUGCGAGACCUGAGCUCCCUCCUGCAGGCUGUGGGCCGCCUAGCCGAGUACUUCAUCGGGGACGUGUUCGUCGUGCGCUUCAGCGACGCCCUCACGGUGGUGGAGAGGCUGGUCAAAGUCACUUUGUAUGGAUCUCAGAUAAAAUUGUACAACAUUGAGACUGCCGUGCCAUCAGUAUUGAAGCCUGAUCUCAUUGAUGUGCACGCUCAGUCGCUGGCUGCUCUGCAGGCUUACUCUCACUGGCUAGCACAGUACUGCAGUGAGGCUCAUCGGCAGAAUACGCAGCAGUUUGUUACGCUCAUUUCCACCACCAUGGAUGCAGUCACACCCCUGAUCAGCACCAAGGUCCAAGACAAAUUGCUGCUAUCUGCAUGCCAUUUACUGGUCUCACUGGCCACCACUGUGCGACCCGUCUUUCUGAUCAGCAUCCCCGCAGUACAGAAAGUAUUCAACAGAAUCACCGAUGCCUCUGCCCAGCGGCUGGUUGAUAAGGCUCAGGUGUUGGUGUGCCGAGCCCUUUCUAAUAUCCUGCUGCUUCCAUGGCCAAACCUCCCAGAGAAUGAGCAGCAGUGGCCUGUGCGCUCCAUCAACCAUGCCAGCCUCAUCUCUGCACUCUCCCGGGAUUAUCACAACCUGAAGCCCAAUGCUGUCGCCCCGCAGAGGAAGAUGCCCCUGGAUGACACCAAAGUGAUUAUCCACCAGACACUUAGUGUCUUAGAAGAUAUCGUGGAGAAUAUCUCUGGGGAAUCCACCAAGUCCCGACAGAUCUGCUACCAGUCCCUGCAGGAAUCCGUUCAGGUCUCCCUGGCCCUCUUUCCAGCUUUUAUCCAUCAGUCAGAUGUGACUGAUGAGAUGCUGAGUUUCUUCCUCACUCUGUUUCGAGGCCUUAGAGUACAGAUGGGCGUGCCUUUCACUGAGCAGAUCAUACAGACUUUCCUCAAUAUGUUUACCAGAGAACAGUUGGCUGAGAGCAUCCUCCACGAAGGCAGUACUGGCUGCCGGGUGGUUGAGAAGUUCCUGAAGAUCCUGCAGGUGGUGGUCCAGGAGCCUGGCCAGGUGUUCAAGCCCUUCCUCCCCAGCAUCAUCUCCCUGUGCAUGGAGCAGGUGUAUCCCAUCAUCGCCGAGCGCCCCUCCCCUGAUGUGAAGGCUGAGCUGUUUGAGCUCCUUUUCCGGACGCUCCAUCACAACUGGAGGUACUUCUUCAAGUCCACCGUCCUGGCCAGUGUCCAGAGGGGGAUUGCUGAGGAGCAGAUGGAGAAUGAGCCUCAGUUCAGUGCCAUCAUGCAGGCUUUUGGACAGUCCUUUCUCCAGCCUGACAUCCACCUAUUUAAACAAAAUCUCUUUUACUUGGAGACUCUCAACACCAAGCAGAAGCUGUACCACAAGAAGAUCUUCCGGACCACCAUGCUCUUCCAGUUUGUGAACGUGCUGCUCCAGGUCCUCGUUCACAAGUCCCACGACCUCUUGCAGGAGGAGAUUGGCAUCGCCAUUUACAACAUGGCCUCUGUGGACUUCGAUGGCUUUUUCGCGGCCUUCCUCCCAGAGUUCCUGACCAGCUGUGAUGGUGUGGAUGCCAACCAGAAAAAUGUGCUGGGGCGGAAUUUCAAGAUGGAUCGGGACCUGCCCUCGUUCACCCAGAGUGUGCACAGGCUGGUCAACGACCUGCGUUACUACAGACUCUGCAAUGACAGCCUGCCCCCCGGCACCGUGAAGCUCUAG